AAAAGGCACACCAUUCUCGAAGCGAAGCGUGCUCCAAAUCGGCUCCCACGGGCAUGAACGAGCCCGCAGCGAUUUCCCCAUCCUUAUAAGCGGCUCCACGUGGGUCACCCUUCGCCUCGCCAGGCCACGGCGGACGCGGGCAGCCAAUCGGCGGCGGCGCUCGGCUCUCCUUUGCCUUUCUUGUGGCGCGGCUCCAUCCUCUCGCGAGAACUGGCUAGUAAACAGAUAGCUCCCUCCUGCCGCUGGCCCCCCCUCCCUCCAUUAGAGGCACUGGAGAGGGAACCGGUCGGACGCUUAGGCUGCAGGCAGGCGCGGGCGGCGGGAGCCGAGGCAGCCGGCUGGGAGAGGCGCGCAGAGUACAUGUUACUAUGGCAAUGACUGCUGGGACUCCAACAUCCUUUCCUAUGAGUAACCACACCCGGGAGAGAGUGACUGUGGCCAAGCUUACCCUGGAGAACUUUUAUAGUAACCUAAUUUUACAGCAUGAGGAAAGAGAAACCAGGCAGAAGGAACUAGAAGUGGCCAUGGAGGAAGAAGGUUUAGCGGAUGAAGAGAAAAAACUACGAAGAUCUCAGCAUGCGCGUAAAGAAACUGAAUUUUUACGGCUGAAGAGAACAAGGCUAGGCCUGGAUGAUUUUGAAUCGUUGAAAGUUAUUGGAAGGGGUGCCUUUGGAGAGGUACGCCUCGUUCAAAAGAAAGAUACGGGUCAUAUUUAUGCAAUGAAGAUACUACGAAAAGCUGAUAUGCUGGAGAAAGAGCAGGUAGCUCAUAUACGAGCAGAAAGAGAUAUCCUGGUUGAAGCAGACGGUGCCUGGGUAGUGAAAAUGUUUUAUAGUUUCCAGGACAAACGUAACCUUUACUUGAUCAUGGAAUUUCUGCCUGGAGGUGAUAUGAUGACCUUACUUAUGAAGAAGGAUACGUUAUCAGAGGAAGAAACACAGUUUUAUAUAUCUGAAACUGUGCUGGCCAUUGAUGCCAUUCACCAACUGGGUUUUAUUCACAGAGACAUUAAACCAGAUAACCUACUACUGGAUGCAAAAGGCCAUGUAAAACUCUCUGAUUUUGGACUAUGCACAGGUUUAAAGAAAGCCCACCGAACUGAAUUCUACAGAAACCUUACACAUAAUCCACCAAGUGACUUCUCAUUUCAGAAUAUGAAUUCUAAGAGAAAAGCAGAAACAUGGAAGAAGAAUAGGCGACAGCUGGCCUACUCUACUGUUGGAACUCCAGAUUAUAUUGCUCCAGAAGUUUUCAUGCAAACAGGUUACAAUAAAUUAUGUGACUGGUGGUCUCUGGGAGUGAUUAUGUAUGAAAUGCUAAUAGGUUAUCCCCCUUUCUGCUCUGAAACACCUCAAGAAACAUAUAGAAAAGUUAUGAACUGGAAAGAGACACUGGUAUUUCCACCUGAGGUGCCAAUUUCUGAAAAAGCGAAGGACUUAAUUCUAAAAUUCUGCACUGAUGCAGAAAACAGAAUUGGUAGCAAUGGAGUAGAAGAAAUUAAGACUCAACCCUUUUUUGAAGGUGUUGACUGGGGACAUAUCAGGGAGAGGCCAGCUGCAAUCAGCAUAGAAAUUAAAAGUAUUGAUGACACAUCCAACUUUGAUGAAUUCCCAGAAUCGGAUAUUUUACAGCCAGUGCCAAACACCACGGAACCUGACUACAAGUCUAAAGACUGGGUUUUUCUUAAUUACACCUACAAGAGGUUUGAAGGGCUCACGCAGCGUGGCUCCAUCCCUUCAUACAUGAAAGCGGGGAAGUUGUGAAACUCAGCAGAAAUAAAGCAUAAAUAAGAACUCAGGUAGCUGCUGCAUCACCAAGACACGCUUGGCAUAGACCUUGAUACACUGAAAAAGUUCACAGACUGGUGCACAUUGACUCCACCGAGAAAUUAGGAAAUUCUACCGGAUUAGGAUUUCUAAGACUACUACAAGAAUUAGUUGGCAGUGCCAGCUGGCUUCUUCCUUUUCUUUUCUUUUUUUUUUAAUAGUGAAUAUUUUUGUUAACUUUAUUAUAACAAAGGUACUGGAAUAAAAAAGGAAUGAAUAUCCUCUUUGUAUUUGCA